CUUCUGGGGCUUUGGAAAAUAGUUCCAUCCCCUCUUCUUUGUGGCAACCCCUGACAUAUUGGAAGACUGCUGUCAUUUGUAAGGAGCAUCUUCCAGCGGGAGGUGAAAGACCAAAUAUUUGUUUGCUUGACAGUAUUGUCCUUGUCAAUAAACCUCACCAAAGGACUUGGGUUCUUUCUGAGUAUGAGCAACAAAUGUUGACUCUGGAAUAUUGCAAACAAUUUUAAUGUAUUGUCCUCUUUCCCUUUGUAUUGUAGGAUUGUGGAGGACAUCUCAAUCGGUACAGGAGAAGAAUUUUGUCCGGCUUUUCAACAUGACCCCGUGGAAUCAUGUCUCUUCGGGAUUCUGAUGGCCAAGCCUACCCAUGAAAUUGCCAUUAUGUCAUCCAGGGAGGCUGACCCAGAUAUUGGAGCCUUUUUAAUCCGCAUCAACCUGGGACAGUACCUUUUCAACUUUAGGGAAUUUGGCUACCACACUCUGCAAGAGUGCGUGGGAAUAAAUGACAGUGUCCUUCAACACAUGGGAAUAUCGCCAACGGGCCACCGUAGACGAAUCCUCAAACACUUGGAGGUCGCGUUUACCAAAAUGCCGGAAGCGUCUACCUCCGGUCAAAGCUGCUCUCCCAAGCAUCCCCUCGAUCCCAAACAGAAGGAAACAGGUGGCGGGCCAUCUGAUGGACAGUCCCAUGCAUCUUGCAUCAGUAACCUUGAAAGACAUCCACACUACACAACUCACAGAGCUAGUCCAGUUUGGGAUCCGGACUCUUCUGACACGUUUGGUCCAAACCUGUUGGCAGAUCCCGCUGCGGUGCCACGAAACCCGGUGAAAAACUUGACGCCGGAGAAGAAACCUUGCACGGGUGAUGGUUCUCUGAAGAAAGGGGAAAAUUUGGAGGUUCAACUUAAUGCCACUCCCAAAGAUGGACCUCUGUCUUCUGCUUUCUCUCUCGCUGAAAAGGAAACCAGCGAGGUGGAACCUCCGCUCUUAUCAGGGUUGGGAAGUUUGCCCGAUGAUCUGCAGGAGACGCCGUUCUUUGAGUUCAAAGGUCAAAUGGUGGAAAAUGAUCUGUACUGCACCCAAAGUCCAUCAAAAGUAUGCGCCAGGCCAACGCGGUCUUUUAUGCUUCGGCAUCGUCCCGUUCCAGAAAUCCCAGGUGUUUCCUCGGAGGCAACUUCAAACAGCUCUCUGCACGAACGAAGAAGUGCCAAUGGUUUAAGUAUCCAUUGUUCUGAGGAUUGUGUUCCGGACAACCGAGAACCAGCUGAAGAAAAGGCACCCCCCAUUUCUCCCUAUGGCGAGACCUUCCUUAUGAUUUCUCCUGAAGACAUG